AAUCCAUCAAUAUAAAAAGGCUAAAAAUCUCUCUAACAAAAGGAGAAACAAAAACACUAACACUAGACUAAAAUCACAACUCUUUAGCCUUCAAAAUAGAAAGAAAAAUAAAAAUCUAAAUAUCAAUGUUUAGAUCUUAUUUGAGGGCUAAGUAGCAAGAAGUUGUUGAAAGAUGUUGGAAGGUAAAGCUAUGAUAGAUGACACUGACAUGCCAAAUAAGAUGCAGAUUCAAGCCAUGUCUUAUGCUUCUCAAGCUCUUGAUCUUUAUGAUGUUCUUGAUUGUGAAUCCAUUGCUGCUCACAUCAAAAAGGAGUUUGAUACAAGAUAUGGUUGUGGAUGGCAAUGUGUGGUAGGUUCAAGUUUUGGGUGCUUUUUCACUCAUUCUAAGGGAACUUUCAUAUACUUUACACUUGAGACUCUUAAUUUCCUCAUCUUCAAAGGGGCUUGACUACAUGCACAUCAUUAUUUUCUUGUUUGCAUUUGUAAUGUUCAUUUUGAUUUUGUAUGUAUGAUGGAUAUUUUCAUGAUAAAGUUCUCCAGCUUAUCUUA